GCCUGGGCAAGGUGGAGUCCUGCGGGCGCCCUGGUCCGGUCCCGUCCCUGCUACUCCAGCACACGUGACCUUCGCCGCCCGCUGCUGAUCCGCGUCAUGGCCCAGCGCGCACCUCGGCUGUCUGUUCCCGCCGCGCUGGCUCUGGGCUCGGCCGCGCUCGGCGCCGCCUUCGCCGCCGGGCUCCUGCUAGGUGAGCGGGGUUGUACCGCGGCGGCCCCGGGAGCUGCAGGGCGCGGAGCGGAGCCUGGCACCCGCCCAGAACCCCAGGCCCGACUCGGCGCCCUCUCCCCGGCAGGGAAACGGUGGCCGCUUUGGGGGUCCGGGCGACAGCAGCGACUGCUGCCCCCUGAAGACAACCCCCUGUGGCAGUAUCUGCUGAGCCGCUCCAUGCGGGAGCACCCGGCACUGCGGACCCUGCGACUGCUGACCCUGGAGCAGCCGCAGGGGGACUCCAUGAUGACCUGUGAACAGGCCCAGCUUCUGGCAAACCUGGCGCGGCUCAUCAAGGCCAAGAAAGCUCUGGACCUGGGUACUUUCACGGGCUACUCGGCCCUGGCGCUAGCCUUGGCUCUUCCAGACGCUGGCCGCGUGGUGACCUGCGAGGUGAACGCGGAGCCCCCGGAGCUGGGGCGGCCCCUGUGGAGGCAGGCGGAGGUGGAGCAGAAGAUCGACCUUCGGCUGCAGCCCGCGUUGCAGACUUUGGAUGAGCUUCUGGCGGCGGGCGAGGCCGGAACCUUCGACGUAGCGGUGGUGGACGCGGACAAGGAGAACUGCGGGGCCUACUACGAGCGCUGUCUGCAGCUGCUGCGCCCCGGAGGCGUGCUCGCGGUGCUCAGAGUCCUGUGGGGCGGAGAGGUGCUGCAGCGUCAGCCUAGGAACAAGGCUGCUGAGUGCGUGAGGAACCUGAACGAGCGCAUCCUGCGGGACGCCAGGGUCUACAUCAGCCUCCUGCCCCUGGAUGAUGGGCUCUCCUUGGCCUUCAAGAUCUAGGGUUAAUCCCAAUCUUAGGGCGUGGGUGAAAGGACCCGAGAACCCCGGACAGCGACCGGAGUCCUUAAAGCUGACAAUAAAGGGACUGGGAAACACGA